UACAUGUUCUGCUCUAAAAUGUUGUCGCAUAAAGAUCUUUCGCUGGCAGCGCUUGUACUUUUGGCCAUUGUUGGCUUGGGCCAGGCGGCGCCCCCUAAUGGUCGUGUGGUCAAUGGCACGGACUCUAGCAUCGAGGCCUAUCCCUUUGUGAUAUCGCUGCGUGGUCCAACCGGUUCGCAUUCCUGCGGUGGCUCCAUCGUCUCUCAGCAGUUUGUCAUGACUGCCGCCCAUUGCACUGACGGUCGCACCGCGAAUCAGCUCUCCGUGCAGUAUGGAGUGACAAAGAUCAAUUCCGCGGGUCCCCAUGUCGUCGGUGUGAAGAAAAUCAUCCAGCAUGAAUUGUACAAUCCCUACAAUAACUAUGCCAACGAUAUUUCGCUGCUGAUGGUGCAGGUGCCGUUCGUGUUCGAUUUUAUUACUGUGGCGCCCGUGAAGCUCCCAGCGCUUGCCUUUGCCACUCCUCAGACGGAUAAUGGCGGCGAGGGUGUGCUCAUUGGCUGGGGUCUAAAUGCGACUGGCGGCACCAUCCAGACCACACUCCAGGAGGUUGAUCUGAAAGUCUACUCGGAUGAGGAAUGCACUACUCGGCAUAAGGGAGCCACGGAUCCCCGUUACCACAUUUGCGGUGGUGUCGAUGAGGGUGGCAUGGGACAGUGCAGCGGCGACUCGGGCGGCCCCCUCCUCUACGGCGGCCAGCAGGUGGGCAUCGUUUCGUGGAGCAUCAAGCCCUGCACUGUGGCGCCCUUCCCGGGUGUCUACUGUAAGGUCUCCCAGUACAUUGACUGGAUUAAAAAGAGCCAAAUCAUAUUGGCAUAGUUACGGAAAUUCCAACCAAUAAAUUCUAAAGACGUAUCUCUCACA